CUUCAACACCGCCGCCACUGAGCCGGAUGACAACACUGCCGCCACUGAGCCGGAUGACUACACCUCCACUGAUCUGCUCGACUAUAACUCCACUGAUUAUCAGGACCAUGACUAUGAGUACUACUACUACUACUACACGUACGACUACUACGAUUACGUUUAUAACUACAAUAGUGAGUCUUCCAGUCCGGCAAAGAAUCUCACAUGUUCGACGGCCACCGCCGUGAGCAUCUGCACCCCCACCGAUGACGAGGACAACCCGCAGGCCUGCUUCUGUGCGGUGAAGACAACGGGUCUGCCGCGCACGCUGCGUGCCUACAUGGACCCGCAUGACCCCCUGAACAGCACCGCCGUCAUGGAGCUCAUCCGCCUGUGGCCCGACUACAUCCAGAAAGUGACCCUGGAUGAGAUGCAGGGCGGGCUAGACUACCUGCUCACAGCUGGCAGGGGAAUGGUGGGCAAGUUUGCCAAGCAGCUGAUUUUGACCAUCCAUGCAUACGACCGCCGCAACCCGCGCAGCAGCGUCCUGUUCUACCUGAAG